AUGGCCAAAGAUCCCGAAAAACCCAAACAACCGAAUGUCAUUGCAUUUGAAGAGCAGAAAAGAGAAGGCUGCCUCUUUGAGGAUGACCUCUGUAAAUCUUUUGAAAUAUGCAUAAAUGAUGGAGUGUUUGGGACGUGUCAGCGGGUACCGGUGAUAGACGUAUACAAGUACGAAGUUUCACCGACCACCUUCCAGCACUUGAGAAUUGUCCUAGAGAAGCUGUUGCACAGAGGUUUCACCUGGCGAGAUGAUUAUACGCAGCAUGUUAUUGCCCGUGAAAUCUCCAAUCUCCAUAAGGUCCAUGAUUGGCGCCGUGAGACAUUAUCCUCGGAGGACUCAGAGACACAAAGGACCUCAAAACAGAGUCCUGAUAGCAUCCGGAAUUUAGGCCUGGAAAAGGAUGUGAACUUUGCUGAAUCUCCUCAUCAGUACUUUGCCUAUCUGGAUAUUCUCUCCCAGUCUGCAAGUCCAAAUUUAUAUUCAAGGCUGAAGGGCAACAAAGCCUCUCCUAAGAUUGAUAACAUCUCACCCGACACCAUUGUCAACUACAUGGUGCAGAAUUCCAAAGGAAAAACACCUACUUUGACUCAAUCAGUAGCAGCCCAUUCAAAUUAUGUUGAAAACUUCCCAGUGAGAACCUUCAGACAACAAAAGAUUGGCAAGUUCUCAUCAAACCCUGAAGAGCAAUUUGACAGAAAGGCUUUAUUGACAGCAUUAAAUGCAUACAUCACUCAGAAGGUGGAAGCAAAACACCUUGGUGGAAUUCCAUCCAAAGAGUCUUCCUCUUAUACCACUAGGCUGAAGCCUCCCCAUAUUGACCAUCUUGAUGGAACAAUGUUCAAAGAAAAAACAGGAGAUUUUAAGAUGAAUCCAGCAUUCCUACAAAGGCCUAUAUCUGGACUGACAUUUAGUUCUUACCAGAGCAAUGUGAGGAUGCCUCUUACUCCAGUAGAUGAAAUAUUUAUUCAGGAUGUUCUGAGGGACCUGAAGAAACAUCAUGUGGACGUAGAUAAGUUGAGCCCACUGGAGCUGGAUGAGAUGGCUGAUGUGAUUGCUGAUGCCAUUCAAGCUGUUGGUGUUGAUGAAGAAAGGGAAAAUACCGCUGGGAAGGUUGAAGGAGAGAGAACAGAAAAGGGAAUGGAUAAAGAAGGAAAAGAAGAUGAUUAUAAGAUGGAAUUAAUGAGUAAAAAUCAUCCCAUGCAAGAUGCAGAAGCACAGAAUGAAGAUGUCAUGACUAAAAAGGAGGGAGACCAUUUGGGUACAAAACUGCCUGAUAUCCUGUAUGAGAAUAUGGCAACUGAAAAUCUGCUUAAGGAGCUUUUCCCUAAAGAGACCCUUAAAACAGAAAUGAAGAAGUCAGAAGAUUUAGAUAUUUCUUCUUCUUCCUCUGAAGAAGUAAAGGCUGGGAUUGAAAAUGUAAAGAGUGAAACAUUCUCAAGGGAACUCAUCACUGAAAAGAAAGCUGAGUUGGAAACUAACUCUAAAGAGCUGACUGAGCUUCAUCACUGGAUUAAGAAUACUUUGAUUCAGGGUGAAACUACUUACGGCGAAACUGGGAAAAAGAUGGAAGAAGGCUUACAGUUAGAUGCAAAGUCUUCCAAAGAAAAGGAAUAUGGCUACAUUGUGACAGAGAAAGACCCUCUCAGUGAUGAAAGAGGUUUGGAGUUAAUAAUGGAAGUUGCGGGCCUUCUAAAGCUCCAGAUGACGGCUUUUGCUGAUAUUGACAUGCAGGGACCAGCUGUGACCUUCCAAGUGCACUCGAAUGCCCUCAAUAUCACCACUGCUGAUGUUGCCAAAGCAGCAGCUGACAACAAAGACAUGCUUGAAAAAACAACAGGAUUGAAAAUUGUGCAGAUUGGCAUGGGGGAGAAAAACAAGCUACAACUUUUGCCCCACCAUGCGCAGGAAAAGGAAGAUACUGCCAAAUUUAUCAUAUUGACCCUCCUUUCUAUUGCCUGCAUUUUUGGAGUGCUUGUGGCUUCUGGGGUCAUCUAUUGCCUUCGCCACAGCUCCCACCACAAACUGAAGGAGAAGCUGACCAGCCUGGGCUCUGAGACAAGCUCUGAUGCUACAGCUGCUUAUCAGGAGUUAUGCCGUCAGCGUAUGUCAACAAAAUCAUCAGAUCAUCCAGAACCUCUACAUACUUCUCGUAUUAAUAGCAUUUCCUCACAGUUCAGUGAUGGGCCCAUUCCGAGUCCUUCUGCUAGAAGCAGCACGUCAUCCUGGUGUGAAGAACCAGUCCAGUCCAACAUGGAUAUCUCCACGGGCCACAUGAUACUGUCAUAUAUGGAAGACCACUUAAAGAACAAGAAUCGUCUGGAGAAAGAAUGGGAAGCCCUUUGUGCUUAUCAGGCUGAGCCCAAUGCAUGUACCAUUGCAUAUAAAGAAGAAAAUGUCCAGAAGAAUCGGUCACAAGUUGUGGUAGCAUAUGAUCAUUGCAGAAUAUGUUUGAAAACGGAAAACAGUCACAACAGUUCAGACUACAUUAAUGCCAGUCCAAUAAUGGACCAUGAUCCAAGGAACCCCGCAUAUAUAGCUGCUCAGGGUCCUCUGCCUUCAACUGUCACAGAUUUCUGGCAGAUGGUCUGGGAAAACGGCUGUGUCGUUAUUGUCAUGCUGACACCCCUUUCUGAAAAUGGAGUCAAGCAGUGCUACCACUAUUGGCCAGAUGAAGGGUCCAACCUCUACCAUAUCUAUGAGGUAAAUCUGGUCUCAGAACAUAUCUGGUGUGAAGAUUUCCUUGUGAGAAGUUUCUACUUGAAAAACCUUCAAACUAAUGAAACUCGGACAGUGACACAAUUCCAUUUCCUUACCUGGCAUGAUCUGAAAGUUCCCAUGUCCACAAGAUCCCUUCUGGAUUUCCGCAGAAAAGUAAACAAGUGCUACAGGGGGCGUUCUUGUCCAGUAAUUGUUCAUUGCAGUGAUGGUGCGGGAAGAACUGGAACCUACAUUCUAAUUGACAUGGUACUCAAUAAAAUGGCCAAAGGUGCUAAAGAGAUUGAUAUUGCUGCUACUCUGGAACACUUGAGGGAUCAGAGACCUGGCAUGGUUGAAACAAAGGAACAAUUUGAGUUUGCAUUGACAGCCGUUGCUGAAGAAGUGAAUGCAAUACUCAAGGCACUUCCGCAGUGAGCGCAGCCGCCUGUUGUCCCUUAGAGGGUCCCGAAGGGGUCUCUCUCUGUUUCAUUAUCCUUGGUUCCUGUGAGUGUUGUUGGAAACCGUGACCUGACCUUAACUGUGUGUCUGCUAUUGUAACCACAUAUCGAUGGGGUCUUUAACAAACUGCUAUUGCCAGUUGAAGUUCAACAGUUAAUGUGUAUUCUGUUCUUGCUAUGAUGAUUCAAAAAUAAUAAUAAUAAUAAUACACGGAGGCCUUGGAAUAAGGGACAAGAACAAUCCCUCUAGUUCUUUUACAACCAUGAAGCCCUGAAUUUUACACGUUGAAAGCACACAUACACCUUGUUAAUAGAAAUAUACAGUGUUGUGGAUAAGCUGUGCAUUCAAUGUAUCUUUGGCACCAUAGUGUUCUCUUAUGUUUUUGUAACUUUUCCAGAACUGAAUAAAAGAAGCGGGGGGCCUAAUUAUUUUUCAAAAGGCACUGGGAUUGUUCCGAAAAAGGCCAAGCAAGCUCACAGAACAAUAUUGCGUGUGUUAGUAAACACAGGUCCAACUUCCUGCAUAAAGAGGCUAUGGCACUUCAUGCUGCGCCUUGGCGAGCUGAUGCUUUUCUUAACUGUUGUUUACUUUUCAACUCUGUGCAAUGAAUAAAAGCAAAACUGAGCUCUAAGUCCAGAGACCCACACAGUUAUCACAACUAUGGAGGAAAAGUCGGUCACGUUAGCAGGAGUCCGGGUUGCACACCAAACGUGUAUUGUGUUUCCCAGCCCUAAAGGGGAAGAAAGCAUAAUAACUGGACUUCCAUAUGUUUUGAAAACCCCUGGGUUGGAAGCUUGUUGAUUUUCUUUUGAUUUUUUUUUUUAACUUAGAAGAGACAGCUCAUCUAUCCUUGAGAUGAGUUUCCCUUGUUUCAUGUCCAAAUGUGUACCACUAUUUUUAAAGAUCAGAAAAGAGAUUAUUCUAAUAGCUGCUCGUAUCUAGUAGACUCGUUACCAUAGUUAUUCAAAAUUAUUGCAGAUUUUUUUGUUCUGCUCCUAAAUUUGCAGAACAAGUUACAGCUAUUAUGACUUGCUUCCAGUUCUGAAUGUAUUUUGAAUUCUAUUACUUGCAUACAGGUAGUUCCAGGACUGCUGCCUUUAAUACAAAAUGGUCCAAUAAAUUCCAUUUGAAACACUCACACACAAAAGCGGUGACACAGCCCCCUUUCCAAAUCCACCCCUUGCAUAUGCAGGCACGAUGCAAGGGGAUUUCUUGCAGCAUUUGUUGAUUCAAAGUGAUUGCCACAUAUUGUUGGAUACAUCUUCAUUUGCUUGAGCUUUGGAUUAAUUUUUUUAACUACUUGAAUCACUCUGUAGUAUGCUAACAACUAAUUAUUUGUUUUCAGGCUUCAGGCACUCGUUGUGGAUUUCAUUCCAAAGUGUGUAUCCAUACAUUUCCAGUCAGUUAAGAUGAAUAUACUGUAUAUCUAUAUCUACAUAUGAUUUGGCUAGAAAAGAAAGAUUGCAGCAUCUUGUGAAUGAAACCAUAUAUUGUAAUUCUUGGUCACCCUUCAUUGAGCACAGCUGCAGCAUACACUCCAUUAGUUUCAACGGUGCUUCUGUUGUCUACCCACCAUGCCCUAUUCCAAGGAGUAUGUCAUCCUUGCAGGGCUCACUGAACUAGAUGGAAGAUGUGCAUCAACUGUGUUUGGAGGAUUGUGCCCAUUAUCUCCAAUGUUUAAUGUAAGCAUAAAUGAAACCGCCAAGUAAUUAAAGUAGUGUUUCAAAAAGUG